AUGUCCGAAUCACCGUUCUCACAUCUUAUCACCUUGCAGGUGACUAUAGCUGCCACACAUCCUAUACAGGCUAAAGGCUUGAGGGAUCUCCAAACAUCACUCAAGCCUGCUAUCUUGACAUAUCUUCGACCAGCUGUAGAAAAAAAGAUGGUUAUUGUUUUGUUAUCCCAGAGACUUUGCGGUGGAUCUUUACAGAUCAGUCGAGCCAUCUUGGGCCGAGAAGACUGA